GUGGUGCCAUAACAACAACCUCUUACUCAAUGUCAGCAAGACCAAGGAGCUGAUUAUUGACUUAAAGCAGAAGGAAACUAGAUGUCCAUGAGCCAGUCCUCAUCAGAGAAUUAGAGUUGGAGAGGAUCAGCAACUUUAAAUUCCUCAGUGUUAUGAUUUUGGAAGACCUGUCCUGGGCCCAGCAUGUGAAUGGAAUUACGAAGAAAUUACGGCAAUCCAUCUCAGGACUUCUUGCAGUUCUAAUGAUGUUAUUCGGUUACAUAAAACCUGCAAAGUCAACUCCUCUCCAACCAAUCUGUGACAUCCGGGUGCUGGACAAUUACAUUAGAGAAGCAAAGAAUGCUGCGAAUACAGCGAAACAGUGUGAGGAAACCUGUGCACUCCCAGGAAAUUUCACUCUUCCGAAAACCAGUGUCAGCUACAGAGAAUGGGCAGCAAAGGAUAUGGGGACGAAAGCCAAGGAGGUCCAGGGUGGUCUCAAGCUGCUGGCUGCUGCGGUCCAGAAGGCCCAGAACAUGACAGUCAGCGGCAACAUGCUGUACGUAAUAGAGAGGAGCUACAGUAACAUCCGCAGCAUUGCACAGAUGGUGAAGAGCUUUGCUCCUGUUAUCGUUAAUGGGGAACAGCCUCCUGUACAGUCCACCUUCAACAGCAGGACGGUGAGGACCAUCUUUCACGUCUACCUAAACUUCUUACAAGGGAAGGUCAGAUUGUUUUUCCUCGAUACAGAAGCUUGUAAUCUGGCCACAAGCUGACGGCCCAGAUCAACACCAGCAGACUCUUGACGGCCGCUUCCCAUUCAAAUUAUAAACUGUAACCUUUGCAUAGUAAGAGCACAAAAAUGUACAGCACCAACAAGGAACGGUGAGAGAGGGAGAAGGAAACAAGCACGGUUAGUUCCUAUGAGAACUGAUGAGGAAAGCUAGACACCCGGCUCUGGAGAACUUGAUCAGAGACUCUGUUAAGUGCUCAGGACUUACAAUGGUUUGAACUCAAAGGCGCGCAUUAGAGAGAGAGAGAGAGAGAACUGCACCCAAGGACACAUUUGAAUGUGAUGAACCUCUCUGACUGGAAGUGUCUUGUUUUUAUUGAUGGCGCAAUCUGCUGUCGAGGGCACAGUUUUGUUCUGUAGAGUUUCUGUGAAUAUGGGACAUAAGAUUUUAAUAUUUGUAGCUCUGUCACCUAUUAGUCCUCAAGCCGUUGUUAUUGCUUAGCUUGCGGAUUAAAGUUCACCAGCAACCCGAUAAAAAUGGACGACUUCAGUCAAGUGUUUUGUGAGGAUGGUGAGUUCAAACACUGCUGCCAAGUUACUGAAGUUCAUCUCU